AGUGUUCUAUCUCGUGAUAUCGAUUAGUUGAAGGAACAGGCACCCGAUGCUUCGCCUUUUAAUUUUAAAUAUAUAAAUAUUAUAGGUCUAGACCUACAGAUCUAUCUUCUUGGAAGCUCAAGACUGGAAUCUAAACUAUAUAAUUUAUAAUUUUGAGCUGACGGAAAAUAUGGCAGAGCCAGAGGUCAAAGCAAUCAUUUUGGUGCUGUUUCUUUACGGGUGCCAGAUUGCUUCUGCGGCUCGUGACGCUCACUCCCCCCGUAGGAGUCGGCUUAGUGAUAACCACGUUCCCGUUGCAAGUUCGAGGAAGUGCGGCGGUGGCGGUGCCUGUGAUAAUAAACCAAACAUAAUAUUCAUUCUCACAGAUGAUCAAGACGUCACCAUGGAUGCAAUAAGUCCCAUGACAAAUACAUUGAACCUACUCGGGAAACAAGGCAUGACUUUUACAAACAUGUUUACAACUAGCCCCCUCUGUUGCCCCAGUAGAUCGAGCAUCCUAACAGGCAAUUACAUUCAUAACCACGGGGCCAUGAAUAAUUCUGUGAGUGGAAAUUGUAGCAGUACCGCAUGGCAACAGGGACCAGAGAAAAAGACAUUUGCCACCUAUGUGCACAAUGCUGGUUACAGAACUUUCUUUGCUGGGAAGUAUUUGAACCAGUAUGGAGGUAAGACUGUUGGAGGCUUACAGCACAUUCCGCCUGGAUGGGACGAGUGGAUUGCUCUGCAAUUCAACUCUAGAUACUACAAUUUCUCACUCUCUGUGAAUGGCAAGGAAGAGGUUCACGGCGAUGAUUAUCAUAAAGACUAUCUCACAGAUAUCAUCAAUAAUAGAUCUAUAGAAUUCCUGGAUAAGCAGUCAGCAUCAACACCUUUCUUUGCGAUGAUGUCCACGCCAGCCUGUCAUUCACCUUUUGACUCCGCCCCUCAGUACGUGUCACACUUCACAGAUAAGAAGGCACCUAGAGGCCCUAGCUUUAAUGUUCAUUCAACAGACAAACAUUGGCUGAUAAGGAGGGCCCAGAAUCCAAUGUCCAAUGGAUCUAUCACAUACUUGGAUGAUGCUUUCAGAAAAAGGUGGAGGACGCUACUAUCUGUAGACGACAUGGUGAAGAAUGUUGUUACGCUGCUUGAAAAGAAGAAGUUGAUUGAUAACACUUUCAUCAUCUUCUCCUCAGAUAAUGGUUUCCAUUUGGGUCAGUUUUCACUCCCCAACGACAAGCGACAACUCUACGAGUUUGACAUCAGAGUGCCCCUCAUCGUCCGAGGCCCCGGCAUCCCUCCUGGAUCCACCAGCGAUAAGCUUGCUGCUAACGUUGAUAUCAUGCCAACAAUCGUCAACAUGGCAACCGGUAAAGCGCCCUCUGAUGUCGAUGGGAUGAGUCUCGUACCUCUUCUCAUUCCCAAAAAUACAACGAAUAGAAUCCUCAAGAAAGCAAAGGCUAAUGUCCCGUGGAGGCAAGAAAUAUUGAUUGAGCAUACUGGGGAGUGGAAUGCCCAGGGAUACAAGGGAUGUCCGCAUACAGAAUUUCUCAACUCUUGCUUUCCGUCCUGCGUCUGCGAAGAUGCCAGGAAUAAUACCUAUGAGUGCAUACGUACUCUAUCUGAUACGUCGGGUGCCAAUCAUAUGUACUGCAAUUUUGCUGAUCUAGAGAACUUCCAAGAAUUCUACAAUCUCACUGCAGACCCUCACCAGAUGACGAACAUCAUUGGCAAGCUCGAUCCCAAAUUCGUCACCUCUCAAAACGAGAAAUUGAUCGUACUGAGCUUGUGCAAAGGAGCUUCUUGCAGACAGGUCACACCGCCACCACCGCGCUCAAAACAUGGCAGUUCGGUUGAUGCUGCUUAAUAUUAGCCAAGUCAAAUGGACCUCAGUGUAGUGAUAACUCUAAACUUUGAAUGUAACACAUUUUUUUGGAAUGCACCUAGUAUAAAAUAUAGUGGAAUAUAGAAGCUUUAUCUUUUCAAUGAAAGGAGUAGAUAAAUAUUUUUGAACCAAGGUUUAAUCUGUAGAUUUGGAAGUUGUUGUUCUAGUUCAUCUUGAUCGUGCAAUAGAACAGUAGUAGGGUGGUAGAGUCACUGGCUGGCUAGCAGUAGGUUAGAGGUUCAAAUCCCUUCUUUUUACCUUACACCUUAGUUCUUUCCACUAUCGACAUGUGAAUAUUGAUUGGGCAAGAGCCUUCCACUAACGAUGAUCAUGGGCAAUGAUAACGCCUUUGUUUCAAGUGAUGUUUCGUUCUUUUGUUAUUCACCAUGUUACGGGUGGACUGCCUCUCUUCCUCAAUUUUAUUUUCCAGAUAAUGGCCAUCUUGAUGAUAUUGUUUCUGAGAAGGGAUGUAGACCAGGGGAGCGUUUCAUGUAAGGAAUUGUCAGACGUUUUAUCCGACAGAUACCAUAGUAACGGUGCUUCUUGGCCAAUCAAAAUCAAGGACGUUGUCAGAUCUGACAACAUGUCGGAUGAAAAAACUGUUGUUGAAUGCUCCCCAGGUUAGCCUUGAGGCUACAUUUUGCUAGUAGGUCCAUGGUCUGACCCUCGCCUCUGUCCAACUCACAUGUACAAAGUGUAUUGGAUAAGGUUUUCUCCAGCUGCCUCAUGACUCGGAAGUACCAGCCUCAUCUACAUCCCUGAGUAGAUCCAUGAUGAGAUGUGAUCCAGUCAUGUUAGCCUUCCCUGUUAAUUUUGUUUCUUAAUUUUUCAUCAAAGUACUGAGUAUGUGAUUUUUUUUUGUCUAGGUGCAAACCAAAAAAAUGUACUAGAACAGCUGAAACUUGUCACAGAAAAUCUGAAAUUUGAAUCAUAAAUUGUUUCUCUUCUGAUUUAAAAGGCUUUGAAAAAUCUCUAUUGGAGCUAUAGGGUCACAAUGUCAUGGCAUUUGACAUCAUUGACAGUGGUAUCCUUGCCAUUGAUUGGCUGAAUAGCCAUAGUGAAUGAUGGCUUGUCAGGAGUUACAACCUUUAGCAAUCGGUCAGACAUUCUGUAACAAAGCUUUAUAGCAGCAACAUUUACGCAGGAUGAUUAUAAACUUACGCGCGACUUUAUGGACAACUUUAUGCAUGACUGGAACAUGUCUCAAGGUGCUAAGUUAGCUAGGGAUAUCAUUUAGCACAAGAAAGGGUCACCAGUCGUGCGUAAAGUCAUCAGCUUUAUGAAACACCCACCAGGGGGUGUUUCAUAAACAUUAAGUAUGACUUAGAUUCGCACUUAAAUAAUGAGUUGCGUACGAUAUAAAAUGCUUGACCGCAUUGGUCAGAUCGUGUCAUGAGGACGCGCACUACUGCGUAUCAAUAAGAUUGCGCGUUGCAUAUCAUGUACGCAUCGGCAUUUAAGUGCAACUUAAGUCAUACUUAAAUCUUUGUGAAACACCCCCCUGAUCUCAAGUAUUAAUUGUUACAACCCUUCCUCAAUGAUUUGAUCUUUUCUUGAAGGGAUAAUCUUGCCAAGUAACUUGUUUAAAAACAUGCCUUAUAUCAACAAGUCAGUCCUCGCAAGUUACUUGAUUUCAGAUCACAUAAUAAAAAAAAUUAACGAUGGCCAUAUUGUGUCAUUCAUUGAACCUUUUUUUUUAAGGCAUUCAGUGUUCCCUUUUACUGAUGUUAUUGCAAAAAAAUUAAUAUGUAAAUAUGAUAGUUAUCACGAUUGCUUCACUGUUGCGAUGUACAAAUCAAAACGGUUAAACUGCGUGACUUGUCUUUCCUAUUAUGAAAAGACUCUAAACUAAUGUGUAAGAGAUAUCAGUUUUAGUAUCUGUUUUAUAUAUAGUUUUCAGUAUAUCUUUCAAAGUUAAACUGAAAAUUAAAGGAAUGCUCUCUUUGGGGAUUGAUGGAAUGCCCCCCCCCCUGGAAGCAUAUAUGCCAGUGUUAAUGCACAUGUCUUAAUGUUCAGAGCUUGUAAAUCUCAUAAUCUAUAUGAGUAAGUUCAGGGGGGUAUUUCACAAAGAUUUAAGUAUGACAUAGAGUCGCUCUUAAAUACCGAGUUGCAUACGGUAUGAAAGGCUUUACCGCAGUGGUCAGAUUGUGUCAUGAGGACCCGCACUACUGCGUAUCUAUCAAUAAGACAACGUGUUGCUCAUCAUGUACGCUUCGGCAUUUAAGUGCGACUUAAGUUAUGCUUAAAUCUUUGUGAAACACCCCCCAGGUAUCUUUUUUGAAGUAUGUAAUAUUGCAAUCAUGUGUUUUUUGUGAUUCAUCAAAUGAUAUUGAUAAAAUAUUCAAAAAUCUACUUUCAAACCUUUCAAAAAGGGCUGAGAAUGAAAAUAUUCAUGUUGAUAAAUGCACCCCAGUCCCAUCAUUAUAUAUUGAAAUUAAUGAAAGUUUGAUGAAUUUCAUCAUCAGUUGUGAAUUUUUAAAGUUUUGAUUGCUUGUGUCACAUGCGCUCACUGAUAUUAUGCAAAGUAAUUACAUUUUUUUCCCUUAUUGAUCUAAAUAAUAUAAAAUAGCCUACUUGUAAAAAUUUCAGUAAAAUGAUGUUCCUGAUUAUAUAUUGAAUGCACGGAUAAAAGCUUUUUCAAUUUCAGAGAAGAGGACUUUUGGGGAAUUUAAUGUACAUGACAUGGGAGAGCUGUUCACACAUGACUUAAAAAAUACAAACUUUAGCACUACAUAGUUCUGUCAUUCUUUGAUAAAUACUCACCAGACUUUCACUGAUAUUGUAUCUCUCUUUUCUGCUUUUAAUAAAGACAAAUUUGAUGUCUGGGUGUACUUUCCCUUUAAUGCAAUGAUCGUGAAAUCAGCAAAAAAAAGAAGAAAAAAAGACCAAUGCAAUCCAAUAACUUCAGCAGGUGCUUAACAUUGUAGUGAAAAGCAAUAUUAAAAUCUAUAUUUUAUAUGUUCUGAUUUAUUAUGUAUAUACAUAGAAUAGACUAUGGGUGAGAGAGUAUUGUAUUUGAUUAUCACCUAAAAAAGAAUGAAUUGUAAUAUAGGCCUACAGCAUAUUUUUGUUGUGAUAUAAUGAUAAUAAUAAUAGCAGGGCCCUCUGGAAGAACAGUUUUCGGAACUGAAGUGGAUACCCUGGGUAAAUAUGCCGUUAUUAUUAUUAUAUGUUGUCUAAAAUGUCCAAGCAUUAGGCGCCAAUCCAUUGGCCCGUAUUCUGAUCUCCAGUAAAAGUUUAGCAGUGUGUGAAGUUUGGGAAGCUAUGCUUGUAAACCAUUUGUUUACCUUGUGUACUGCAUUGCUGCUUGUGAAUUUACUUGGAUCUUUCCCC